GGUCUCCUUCCACCCGCUCGCCCCACGCGACAAUGGUCUACACAAUCUCCUCCCCUUCUCCUCCUCCUCCCCCCACCUCGCCCCCAACCUAAUGUCUCCCAUUUUUUCCCGCUCACCUCUAACCCUGCUCGCUCUCCUCCUCGCCCUCCCACCCCUCGUCGCCUCCUCCUCCUCCUUCCCGCUUCCCACCAUCGCCAUCGCCGCCGUCGGCACCAACACCGCCUCCCCGCACCACCUCGCCUGCGGCCUCGUGUCCAACGGUACAGGCUACCAGCUCUCCUGCGCCAGCGUCUCCAACCGCUCCGCUAGCCCCCGCAAGUACGGAUAUGGCGGCGGCAGUGCCACGCCCUUCUCCGCCCUCGUCGCCGGUGAUGGGUACCUCUGCUCCGUCGACCCGAUCUCCUCGCCGCCCGUGUCCAUGCGCUGGUGGGACUUGAAUGACAGCGAGGAACCGUCCAAGAGGGUGUACAGGGGCGAGGCGCUGUCUGCGGUGGCCGGCGGCGGGGAGUACGUGUGCGGGCUAGUGGAGAAGAGGAUAAAGUGCUGGAGGUGGGAAUGGGGGGUCGUGCCGGAAGAGGUGGGAUUCUCGGCGCUGGCGGCGGGCGGCGGGUUCGUCUGCGGGCUGGUGGCCGGGACGGGUGAGCUGAAGUGCUAUGGCAAUGGGGACGCAGUGGGGCGGGAGCCGAGGGGCAGGUACAUGUUGCUCGCCGCCGGUGACAGGCACGCCUGCGCGGUGGACCACAGAGGCAUGCUGGGGUGCUGGGGAGAGGCGGCGGCUGUUGCUGCCGCGGCGCCGCCGAAGCUGAUUCGCGCCGUGUCCACGGUGGCGGUGGGCGACGCGCUCACGUGCGUGCUGUGGGGGAACUGGACGGUCUCCUGCUGGCCGGAGGAGGACGCGGCUGUGCCGCCGCAGAUAAAGCAGGAGCAGUUCGUCGCUCUGGAAGCCAAGGGGAAGGUGGUGUGCGGGGUGCUCAUGUCCGACUACUCGCUGGUGUGCUGGGGCGGAGAUGUUGCCGGCGGGGUGAGGAAGGUGUUCGACAAGGUCCUGCCGGGUCCGUGCGCGCCGGCAAGGUCGUGCCCGUGCGGCGUCUGGUCGGGCUCCGCGAUGCUCUGUGACAGCGAUGGCGCGGCCAUCUGCUACCCCUGCGGCUACACUCCUCCCAUGAAUGCGCAGGCGCCUACGUCCAACCCGUGGGCGUCGACCUCUCACCACAUGAGGAAGAAGCGGCGGCCGAGCGAUCUUGUGAUCGCCAUGAUAAGCUUUGGAGCUGGUUCAGGACUCGUGGUCCUCGUCGCCGCGCUCUUGGUCGCUUACUGCCUGCGCCGGCGCAGCCGAAGCCGCAGCAGCGGCUCCCAUGACUCCGGGCGCAUCCACGCCGAGCCGAUGACAGCCACGGCGCCGCGCGUGCCGCGGCGGCUCAGCAUGCUGCUCUCCAAGGGCCCGAACACGACGGUGGAGCAGUUUCCCCUGGCAGCGCUCCGGGCCGCCACGGACGUCUUCUCGCCAUCCCACCGCAUCGGCUCCGGCAGCUUCGGCGCCGUCUACCGCGCGGCCCUCCCCGACGGCCGCGAGGUCGCCAUCAAGCGCGCGGAGCGGCGUGACUCGGGCGCCUCAUCCUCCGCCGCCGCCGCCGCGGCGCGUCGCGUCAACCACGAGUCGGCCUUCGUCUCGGAGCUCUCGCUGCUCUCCCGCCUGAACCACAAGAACCUGGUUCGGCUGCUGGGGUUCUGCGCCGACGGCGGCGAGCACAUCCUGGUGUACGAGUUCAUGCACAACGGCACCCUCCACGACCACCUCCACAAGCGCCCGGCCCCGCUCUCGCCGCCGCUCGCCUCCUGGCCGUCGCGUCUCCGCCUCGCCCUCGGCGCGGCGCGCGGCAUCGAGUACCUGCACACCUACGCCGUGCCGCCCAUCAUCCACCGCGACAUCAAGUCCUCCAACAUCCUCCUCGACGCCUCCUGGUCCGCCAAGGUCUCGGACUUCGGCCUCUCGCUGCUCAAGAACCUGGGCACCGGAGACAAUGCCGGCGGCGAGGAGCCGUGCGUGACGGCCGGGACGGUGGGGUACAUGGACCCGGAGUACUACCGGCUGCAGCACCUGACGGACAAGAGCGACGUGUACAGCUUCGGGGUGCUGCUGCUGGAGCUGCUGUCCGGGUGCAAGGUGAUACAGAGGUACGAGGGGAGCGGCACGCCGAGGAACGUGGUGGACAUGGCCGUGCCGUACAUCGAGUCGGACCGCGUGCACCGGGUGCUCGACAUCCGGCUCCCGCUGCCGACGCCGGGGGAGAUGGAGGCCGUCGCCUACGUCGGGUACCUGGCCGCGGACUGCGUCCGGCUGCCCGGGCGCGAGCGGCCCUCCAUGAGCGAGGUGGUCGGCGUGCUCGAGCGGGCCGUUGCGGCAUGCGAGGAGCACGAGGAUGGCCCCGACGGCGGCGAGGCGGCCCUGUCGCGGUCGGGCACCGAUGGGUCCACCACCAUGUGACGUGGCAUGCAUGGCAUGGCUCGCCUCCCUGGUGGCAAGAAGACAGGGAGUUUCUUGAUGAUUUUUUUUGUUUGUUUGCUUUUGUCUAUUCUCUUUGUAGUUAUAUUGUUAGAGUAUUGACAUACUGUGUUGGGCAAAUGAAGUCUUUCCUUGUAGAGUAGAUCAUUUAGUGAAAGGACACAUUUUUGCUUCGCCUAAUUGGACGGCAAGAAAAGAAAUGUAUAUAUUCCUAAGUUGUGACUUUGCUAGUACUACUAUUUUGGAGCUCCAAGUGUUAUUGAA